UUGAUUGGCAGGUAAUAAUUAAUCCAGCCAGUGAGAAACUGGGAGCCACUGGGCUACCUCUGGCCGCUGGGUGCAGGAGCCUUAUCUCCAGUUAUAAAUAGUGCCAGCAUAUCCGAGGGCUGAGAACCGCAGGGGCACAUGAUGGAAACUCACAGGAGACGAGCAGGGAAUGUAACGUGGGCUUCAUAAAUCCCUGGAAGAGGGCAGACGCUUCCCAGACCGGAGCCGAGGCUGUCCGGCGUUCCGCGUUUCAACAUUUUCGGAGGAGAGUCAAAGUUCAAACCAAAAAGCAGGAGGAGGCUGCAGGGCGAAGCUGAGGGCUGCUUUUCCCUGCCCUGAGCCUCUCCAAAAGAGGAAGGAGGAGACGCCGAGGAGGAGGAAGGAAGGGAGGAGGAGGAGGAAGAAGCCAAGAUGACCAAGAAGGCCGGGAGGCGUCUGAGGGACAGGUUCGCCUUGAAGAACCAUCUGGUGAAGGAAGCGCUUGCCGAAUUUCUAGGCACCUUCAUCCUGAUUGCGUUGGGAUGUGGCUGCGUCGCCCAAUCCGUCCUCAGCAGAGGGGCCUUUGGAGGGGCGCCAGUGAUCUCUAUCGGCUUUUCCAUGGCCGUCACCAUUGGCAUCUAUGUAGCCGGAGGUGUUUCGGGUGGCCACAUCAAUCCAGCGGUCACCUUCGCCUUGUGCCUGGCCGGGAAAGUUAAAUGGAUCAAAUUCCCCAUUUAUACCAUCGCGCAGUGCCUUGGUGCCUUCGUCGGAGCUGCUGUGGUCUUUGGCAUCAACUAUGAUGCCCUCAUGGACUACACGGGCGGGGAAUUCAACGUCACUGGACCCAAAGCGACCGCCCUCAUUUUUGCAACCUAUCCAGCAGAGUACCUGACGCCCAUCAACGGAUUUGCAGAUCAGGUGAUGUCCACCGCCAUCCUCCUCCUGGGCAUCUUUGCCAUCUUUGAUGAAGGCAACCUGAGGGUCCCGAAAGGGCUGGAGCCCAUCGCCGUCGGCCUCCUCAUCCUUCUGCUGACCUCUUCCUUGGCCAUGAACGCCGGAUGCGCCAUGAACCCCGCCAGAGACAUCGCACCGCGCAUCUUCAGCUACAUGGCAGGAUGGGGGCCGGAAGUCUUUACGGCUGGCAACAACUGGUGGUGGGUCCCUAUCGUCGCCCCGAUGUUGGGGGGCGCCCUCGGAGCGGUCCUCUACAUGCUGUUCAUCGAGCUUCACCACCCGCCCCAGAACGAGGGGGCCAAGCACGGCCAGCAUGAGCUCACCAACAUGGAGGAAGAGAAGUGGUUCCAGAAGGAGCAGAUGGCCCUUUAAAAGCGGGGAGAGGAGCCGGCCCACCACCCAGAGCCCCCAGGAGGAGGAGGAGGAGGAAGAGGAGGAAGGCUGUGGGCCAAAGAACUCUGUUCUCUCUCUCCUUGCAAGACCCAAGUUGGUGGCAUCAAAUCUGGAAAACCCAUCCUCCCUUGCGGGGAAGGGGAUUUGCAAUUCCAGCUGUACCCCUGACAUCCCAUCCUCUGGCCUCACCUGGAUGUAUCGGGUGGCCGAUCCCGCCGCCGUGCUUUCCAGCAUCUCAUCGGCACAUGCUUGACCCGAGCCAGCCUGGGCUCAGCUCCGCUCAGUCCCCAGAAUACAGGAGAUGCUUCCCAUCAUCUCCCCGUUUCAUAACCCUGUCCCAUGAGAUCACCAGCCGGUCUCGGUGCCCACUCAAAAGCGCCAGCCGAAAGGGGCCAUGAUGGCGUCGCCGGGCAGGCAGGAGUCCGGCUCAGGAUCUGCCAGGGAUAACGUGGCCCUUUCCCCCCCCCACUCCUUUUCGCAGGAAUUUUCCCAAUCCCCUUCGGCAGAUCCCUUGCCUAGUGGCCAUCACGACACCUUGUGGCCUGGAGUUCCACAAACGAAUGGAGCACUGCUCGGUUUUAUUGCUAUUUGUAGAGCUUGGAAACUCAAACUUUGGGGGACUUCUCCAACGGGGGAUUGUGGACGAUGUAGUGCUUCACAUUCAAAAGGGUGCCAGGGUGCAGGAGGGUGUUUUAUACUUUAAUAACGAUGAUGCUGGGCCGUUUUCUCUUGCCUCCCUGCCACGCUUAUCCGUUUCCUCAGAGGGGCCCAGUCCUGGAGGAGAGAGGUUGUGGGGUCUGAUCCUUAAGCCAGGUCUUCUCCCAUGGCACGCUUAUGCCCAUUUCCUUGUAGAAGGGAUUCCGUGGGAUUUACAUCCAAGUAAAAGGUGUGCCAGAUUGUGCUGCAGGAAGGCGUCCCGAAAGUUUUCAAAAAGGGGCCUCCCAACAGAAGGAUCAAAGGCGGGGGUUUCCUUACCGGUGAUGCUGAGGUGGUGGGGCAGCUGCAGGCAGAGCGGGUGAGUUGCCCCCCAGGGACAGCCAGCUCCCAGACAGAGAGGGCUGAGCCCCCGGGCAUGAUCCUGCACAAGCCACCUGAACGACCAGGAGGUUUCCAAGAGCCUGGCUCCCUUCAGGCGGACCUCUGCAGCUCAAAUGCCCAGAGGACGGGGGCCCCAGAAAGUGACGGAUCAGGGCCGAACCGCUCCCACCUGGAUGUUCCUUCCCAGAAAGAAAAAAAAA